AUGGCUGUGUCCAGCUCUUUCAAACGCCUGAUUAUUAUUCGCGAUUCUCAGGGGCUGCUGCCAGUUGUGCCCCCAGAGUGGAAUGCUGCCCCUCACCCUUCCCACCCCACCCUGAGAACCCCCCUGUCCUAUUGUGACACUGCCCUCAGCCAUCAGUGGAACUCAGAGGUUCUGCUUCCAAGGGACUGGCUGGGCCUGGAUUGUGGUCAGCUGCCUAGGAAAAACGAAUCUAAGGUAAAGCAACUUGAAUCCCAGUGUUCUUCCAGGAUCUUGAAUUCUCAUUCCUGAUCUAUGGAGAUGCUGUUCCACAGACUGAGGGCCAUCAAAUCCAGGGAGGAUGACAACCUUGCCAGCAUCCUGGCUGCAGUGGGAGUGUUUGGAACAUUCCAGCGGAGGCUGGUGGCUCUCACCUUCAUCCCCAAUAUCCUGUCGGGCUUCUUCUUGUAUGGUGACUCCUUCAUGUACCCAGCCCAGAUAGCCUAUUGCAACACCAGCUGGAUCCUGGCUGUGGGUCCCAACUUGUCAGAGGCUGAGCAGCUGAAUCUAACCGUGCCCCGAGGAUCCAAUGGCACGUUCCUGACAUGCCUCAGGUACUCACCUGUGGACUGGGAUCUGGAUUCCAUCAUCAAGUUUGGCCUCAACAGUACGGAGAUAUGCCACGAUGGGUACAUCUAUCCCAAGUCCAAGAAGCGACUGCUGGUAGAUGAGUUUGACCUGGUGUGUGGCAAGGAACUGAACAGGGACAUUAUGCUGACUAUGUCCAUGACAGGCCUCCUGAUAGGAUCUGUUGUCUUUGGGAUCAUAUGUGACAAGCUGGGUCGCUACCCCACCAUCCUGCUGUCGCUGAUGGGGCUGAUGAUCUUCGGCUUCGGGACAGCCUUCGUGAACAGCUUAGAAGUCUAUCUCUUCUUCCGUUUCUGUGUCUACCAGGCAGUGGCCGGAUACAGCAUCAGCAGCAUUGCUUUAGUCACUGAGUGGCUAGUGAGUGAAGACCGGGUCCGUGUCAUCAUCUUGUCACACUGCUAUUACACUGUGGGGAUCCUGUUCCUGCUGGGGCUUACCUACAGCAUCCCCCACUGGAGGAUACUGUUCCUGCUGGGUGGUUCACCCAUAUUCUCCGUCCUUCCCUAUAUCUGGAUUCUCCCCGAGUCCCCACGGUGGCUGAUGGUGAGAGGGAAGGUAGAAAAGGCCAAGCAGGUGCUUUGCUAUGCAGCUUCCAUCAACAAGAGAAUCAUUCCUUUAAAUCUGCUGAACAAGCUGCAGCCAUGUAAUAAGAAGAUGACUACAUCCUCUGUCCUGGAUUUCUUUAGCAAUAGGCACCUCCGCAAGUUGAUCUUCAUGAUAAGCGGCCUGUGGUUUGCCAUCAGCUACAACUAUUUAACACUGAGCCUGAAGGUGAAGACUUUUAGCAUAAACCCCUAUAGGAGACGCAUCAUUUCUAGCCUCAUAGAGGUGCCUGCCCGGAUGUGCUGCAUCUUACUCGUGGAGCAGAUUGGGAGGAAAUGGGCACUGGCUGUGACUCUCCUCCAAGGCUUCCUGAUAUCCUUGUUUGCCAUUUUGCUUCUCCAAGGGGAUUACAGGCCCAGACUCAGGUGGCUGUGUUGACUGGCCACAGAGUUGAAAUUCAUGGUGAUCUUGGCAAUCCUGAUCGAAGAGUUCAUUCUGACCACCUCAUUCACCCUGCUCUUCACCUACACUGCUGAGCUCCUGCCUACCGUCCUCAGGACGACGGGCCUGGGACUGGUGUCUUUGACCUUGGCCGUUGGAUUCAUCCUGUCCCUGAUCAUAACGCUCAUCAACCAGGGCUCCACCAUCCUGCCCAUCUUUUUUUCCUGCUUCUCAGCUGUCCUGACUGUGUACCUCUGCAUCCUGAUGCCGGAAAUGCAAAACCAGCCCCUCACUGACAGUGUAGAGCAGUUCAGUCUCCAGAAAGACUUGAUCAGGGAUUUGUUGUUUGAGAACCUAAUUGAUUCAUCGCUGGAAGAUGUGAGUGAGGAGGCAGCCAAGAAUGCAAUUCUCAAUACCAUGGUUCACAAUCUGGACUCAGACACUGUCACCACCAAGGAACAGCAGUCCAGAGGAAAGGACCUCUGA